UUGAAAAGCUAUUGUGCUUUGGCGUCAUAUCGUUGCAUCAUAAAUCGGCUGUUUAAUCAUCAUUGUUAGAACCCGGCAUAAUUGCUCUGCAACAACCUGCUAACAUGGAUCGUCAAAGCACCGCCGAAUCCGUUGUCUCCUGUUGCGCGGCUGCUGGAGGACAAUGCAAUUGCGCAGAGAUAGCCCUGGAAAACAGCAAGGAUUUACAUACAUUAAAGAACAUAAUUACUGACGUCAUAAUACAAAAUGAGACGAUAAUCAAGUGGCAACAACAACACCAACCAAAUGUACCUCAGCAAGAAACACCCCAACAACAACAAGUACCGGAAGCCAACGAGGAAAUUAUCCCCUUGAUAGCUACUAAGAAAGAGUUGGAUGAUCUGCAGCAGAAUUUGUUGGAAGUCAUGCCGAAGAACCCUGUUCCUAUAAACCCUGUUCCUCUGAACGGUGUUUCCACGCCAUAAUAUGGCUA